AUGGUCUUAAGGCCAGAUCGAGAGGUGACCACAAACUUUCGGGCGCCGAAGUAUUGCAUCCAUGGAAUCAAUUCCAGACCAAAACCACCCAAACCUCAAAACAAUUGCAGUCCUUUAGUGAAUGGGAACGCAGGCAGUGGUGGAGUACCGGCUCUGGACGGCGGCCACAACCAGGAGACCAAUGGUGUGGCCAAUAGUGUGGCCAACCCUACCGGCUAUCACCCGGCGCUCUACUAUAACGCCACCGCUAUUUGCGACAAUCCUUACUCCCGAUGUUUACCACCUUAUGAUAUGUUCACGUAUUCAACACAAUUGCCACCCUUAAGUCAAGUAGGACUGGAUAAGAGUCGCUUUCUAGAGCCCUUGCAAAUCCCGGCCGACAUGACGGGUCACAUACAGCUAUCGUCCACAUCAUCGACCAGUUUAUCUGAGCCGACAAACCCGACGGCCCCCUCACCGCCACACACCUCACCCGCUCUGCCCACAGACGUAGCCGUCUUAUCGCCCACCUCUACGACCAGCACUAACAUGAUUGACACAAAACCCAUUUUAACAAAUACUGGACUCAUUGUUAGUGAUUCGCAUACAGACAAUCAAAUUAGUCCACCGGACAGUCCCUUCAAUUCGGACAGUAAUUUAAGUGUUGACGGAAGCGAUGAUGAUAUGGACGGUAUGGGAGACGAUAUGUUAGAUAUUGGGGGUCGAAGAGGCAAAUCGGGAGGCGAUUGUAUGAGAGAGGGCUCACACAACGGCUCUAAUGAACAAACGCCUAAAAAGCGGAAGCGAAGAGUUCUCUUCUCAAAGGCACAGACCUAUGAACUCGAGCGCAGAUUUAGACAACAAAGAUAUCUAUCAGCGCCUGAAAGGGAACAUUUGGCCAGUAUUAUCAGACUUACACCAACUCAAGUCAAAAUUUGGUUCCAGGUCAAAAUAGUUUAUAUAAACAACGGCUCUAAUGAACAAACGCCUAAAAAGCGGAAGCGAAGAGUUCUCUUCUCAAAGGCACAGACCUAUGAACUCGAGCGCAGAUUUAGACAACAAAGAUAUCUAUCAGCGCCUGAAAGGGAACAUUUGGCCAGUAUUAUCAGACUUACACCAACUCAAGUCAAAAUUUGGUUCCAGGUCAGUCACUAUUCAUUACUUGUUUAA